AUGCCCGUCAAACUACCAGACGACACAACACUCCGCUUACCACGCAUCCUCUGCCUCCAUGGAGGCGGCACCAACGCCCGCAUUUUCCGCGCCCAAUGCCGAGUCCUGAGCACACUACUAGGCCCUCACUUCCGGCUCUGCUUCGCCGAAGCGCCUUUCCCCUCGCAGCCAGGCCCAGAUGUCGUCUCGGUCUAUCGACACUUCGGUGACUUCAAGAGCUGGAUCCCAAUACCGCCGAACCCCUCGAUCUCACCUACCAACGUUGCAAGAAAAAUCCUCAACUCCCUCCGUCAUACAAUAGAAGAGGAUGACCGAUCAGGGGCAGACGGGGAGUGGGUUGCAGUGCUUGGUUUCAGUCAGGGCGCAAGGCUGGCUGCUAGCCUGCUCUUUCAGGAACAGAAUGGGGGAUCUGGGAUGGUUGGGGUGUAUGGUGGAGUCAACUUCCGCUUCGCUGUCUUGCUUGCGGGGAGAGGCCCGAUGAUUCCUCUUGAUAUGGAUGCUAUGGCGUCGGUGUCUUCGGCGGUUCUAUCUCUUCCCACCAUACAUAUACACGGGCUGCAGGAUCCCGGGUUGGAACAUCAUCGGGAACUCCUGGAGAGAUAUUGUAAUCGUGAGACAGCUUCUUUAAUAGAGUGGGAGGGAAAGCAUCGGGUGCCCAUCAAAAUGAAGGACGCUCGGGUGGUGGUGGAGGAGAUCUUAAAGAUUGCGCAGAAGACGGGUUGCUUGGUACCUCCGACGAUACAAGGUGGAGGGACUUCUAACUGUGGCGCCCUUCUUCUGGAUCAUUAG